AAGGGGUGCAAUGUGACAAUUAUAUUUUACGAAGUAUAUGUUUAUUGUGCUAACUUCAUGCUUGCUGUAUUCCAUUAAUGGUAAUCCAGUCAUUGGACAAAAAAAUGGAUUUGGACGAAUUUGCUCCUUGCAAAUAAUUAAUAUGUCGCAAAAAUGUAAAAACUGAGGAGUAAAUAUGGGGAAAAGACGGUAAAUACCACAUUUGCAUACCAAAAAAACAACGGGUUUAAAUAACUAGGCAGUUAUGGCAUUUACCAUCUUAGCCCCAGAUUCACACCUCUUCUUUCACAAUUUUGCGACAUAUUUGCAGGGCGCAAAUUUGUGCUAAUCCAUUUUUUCGUCCAGUAAAGCAUAUAUAAUAUAUAGAUAUAAAAUUCACAAAAAAAACCUGAAUUAAUGUUUUGUGUCAAAAUGUGAAAACACAAGAAAGGCUCGCAACAUCCGCUAUAACCGCUAUAAGUAUCGUAGACAAUUGUAUUCUUGCUGCAGCAGUAUAAAUGGAACCAGAAGCAUGCUUCUGAUGGAACACAAUCAAAUUAUGAUUGCCGCGAUUAAUCAUCAACGCCUCAUACGGAUCAAAUUUCAAGACCAUACUAGACUUUUUCACCAGUCGCUUAUGAAAAAACUGGCCGUUGUCGAGAAGCUAUAUUUUGGCAGUCGGGGGCACGCUUUAGUGGGCGUUGCCUUUUUAUGGAGGUUUAAACGAAAGAACAAUGCUUAUGGAGUGUUCGCCGCGACAAAAAAGAAAGAAAGAAAGAAAAAGUAGCUGUUAGUGGAGGCUCUACUGUAUUUUUAAGGUAAAAAAUACCAAGGGAGUUACCACUUUUUCAUUAGCAGAAACAGGGACUGCGUGUACAAGCACCGGCAAUGAGCGGAAAGCAAUUCCUCUUUGUCUCCCAAACAACUGCAAGUGGAAUUCACAAGCCCGUGAGAAUAAGAAAACAGAAGAACAGCGCUCAUCGCUGUAUGUGGUUGACGAAGCAAUUGAGAAGCUCAGGGAAGUCAAAGGUACGUGACCGCUUCUUACCAUGAAUUGCCGGCGUUUUUAAUAAACCAACUGAUUGACCGAAAGUGAGGUCAUUACAGAGAAAUCUCAGACUGACGACACGAGGUUAAUAAGUUAUUUAUUAUAUGGCUUUUUAGCCCUAUUAAUGUAAAACACUGGACGUAAUCGAGCCUGCGAUCAGUUAAAACCAACAACAGGUCAGCACAUAACUUUAAAACACUUCAUCUCAAUAAGUAAUGCACUUGAGCCCGCGGUACAGUCAUGUGACACUGGUCAGGGCAUAGACUUUUUGACAGCUAUCAAGUGACCACAACAUGGAUGUCCACUAUCAAGCUAAACACAGAUUAUAUAUGCCUUGGACACCUAACCACCAAUGCCCGGUCAUUACAUAGAAAUCUUGCCUGCUCAGCAGCCAAUCAGACCGCGCACGCUAUUGUAGCCAUAAAAAAAGAAGUUUUUACGCUCGCUCUUUGGUCAUAAUGAUAUAUUAUUUGAAAAAUGAAAGAACACUUUUCAAUACUAUCUUCGAGUUCCUGACAAUAAAAAACGAAGGAUCUUCAUCGCGCGGCUAAAUAAUCAUCAAUGGUGCGAUGCAUGGUUUGUGUAGGAAUUCGUAUGGGUUUUAUGUUUCUUGUUGAAAAGCCUCUCACUCUUUUGUAGGUCCAGUGUGCGUUGUGUCAAUCGCCGGUCCAUACAGAAAAGGAAAGUCGUACAUUUUAAGCGAAGCUUUUGCUCAGCCAAACGUUUUCCCUCUCGGACAUGAAAUGGUUGCAGAGACCAUGGGAAUAUGGCUGUGGAUUGUACCAGAGAAAUACAAGGUAAGCAAAAAAAAAAAAAAAAAGAAAAAAAAACAUAGCUCGUAGAAUUUAGUUUCAUCCUAGUUUCCUAAACUUUAUUGUUAUUCAGGUCACUACACAAUCAACAUUCCUUACAAAUUAUUCCAGAUGUUACGUGUGAUGGUUCUCUCUGUUGGACAAUAAAUUGUAUCAACGUAUGGCUGAUGGAAAAACCCUUAUUGUUCGCUGUUUUACUUCCAGGAUUCCAAUGGCCAGGAAUUCACGGUGGUGCUACUAGACUCAGAAGGGAUCGACGCUGCUUCCAGUGUUGGUUACGAUGAUAACCAAAUAUUCACUUUGACGGUACUGCUAGCUUCCGUGCUUAUUUACAACUCACAAGGUGUGCCCACGAGGCGUGAUCUCGAAGGACUAGAGUAUCCUUUACUAACCCUUGUUUAUCUUUAUUCUCUCUCUUAUUGCUCUUUGAGUAAUUGCUUGGUUUGUUUGUUUGCUUGUGCUUUUUUAGGGGGAGAAAAAAGUACGAAAAAGUGUAGAGCUCUCAUUAAUGAACAUUUCAUUGUGUCUUUAUUUUGUUUCAUGAUACCUCCCUUGUUUGGAAAGACGAGUGUAUACUAAACUAGUUGGUUGAAAAGGAGGGAGAUUGAAGGGGAGUUUUUUUAUUUUAUUUUGAAACGGUAGUGAGAAAAUAGCAAUAUAAGAUAUUAAGCCUUAUGCAUAAUUUUCCUUAACACAUACUAGUUUUAUAACAAAGCUGUCUCAAAGAAUCCAAGUUAGAUCAAAUCAAGGGGUUUACGUCAAACAAAAGGAAACAGAGAUGUUUCACCGAACGUUUCCUUACUUCCUCUGGCUGCUGAGAGAUGUAACGCAAGCUAUUCCACGUGAUUGCAAGGAUUUGAAAGAUUACUUCUUAAAAAAGGUAAGGCGGGAAAAUUGCAAAACAUUUACAUCAGGCAAUGCAGUUGUUGUAAAGUGGUUGAAAAUGUGUGUUAAGUACCAAUCGAAUGUAUUGUGUCCCGGGGUUAGUUCGUCAAGACAUGGUGAAGUUUAACCCAGGGUACGCCGAAUUAUAAGCAAGGCUGUAAGGUCCAGAAAAAUGUAAGUGGAGCUUUUCAUAUGAGUUAGGUCUUUACACCGAGAUUCUACCAGUUUAAUUAUGAUAUCAUACAGCAUACAGUUAUAAAAAAUCAUGACAAAAAUUUAAUGCUUUGUUUAUAGCGUUGAUCGAGCUGUUUUCGAGGCUUUGUCAUAUAUUUAGCCCUCUCUUUCCGGUUUCCCUAUCCUUGGAUACGGCUGUCUCAUUCCGGUUUGUUCCCUUUUCGUAGGUUUUUAGAGACCAAGAUUCCGCAUCAUUGUCAUCAUCUCGUCGUCAAGGCCAGCAAGUAGCGGAGAGCAUUCUGCGUUACUUUUCCGGUUUUGAAGCCUUCUACUUGCCUCCACCUACGGCUGAAGAGGGCAUAAUGAGAACCCUUAACGAAAACAGGAGUCGAGUACGACCUCAAUUCUUAACGAAACUGGAGGAAUUUAAGACCCUGCUUAAGUCUACUCUGUUUCCAAAACGCAGCUGCUUUGAUGGACAGCUGGUUACUGGAGAAGGUAACAGGUCUUUUUAUACUUUUAGUAUAGAGUGAAGAAUCAGCAAAUCAUUUGGCGUAGUGGUUAUAUCAGUGGGAUGAACCAGAAUGUGCUUUUGGUGUUGAAUUUAUAUCGACAACAAUGCGUUAUUUUAACUUUUCUUUCAUACCCUGAUGGGUUACUUUCUCAUUUGAUCAUGAUUUUUUUCCUACACUUAGUGAGUCAACCAAUUAACACAAUUAAAUACAAAUUACAAAGAAUGUCCAUGGAAAUUACAUAUGGUGGGGAUAAAAAUAAUUUCACUGCAAAUAGUACCUAGCGAAUACAAAGCAAACUGUGUAUGCUUCACAUGUUUCGAGUAAGUUAGUAUCCAUCGUAAGAAUAUGAUUGCUCUAAACUAGAGUUCUUUGAGUUGAUUUUUUUUUUCAGGGUAUUUUAGACUAUGUUAAAAAGUCCUUAAGUGUAGAAUACGCUUUACAACGCGAGAUGUUCAAACUUUUGAUUUGUGCACUGCUUUUACCUUAUUAGGAAAGAUUUGACGUUGUAGUCAGUUGUUUUGCUCUGAUCGUUUUACCUUGUAAGUAGUAAAUAACUAAACAUAUAUAUAUAUAUAAAACUAACUGAAGAGAAAAAUUUCACUAAAUAAUGACAGGACUUGCUGCUUUGAUCACUCUGUACGUGGAAGCCAUUAACACUCCUGGUGCUGUUCCAAACGUGCAGUCCGCGUGGGAGACGUUCGUGGAAACAAAAUGUAUCGACGCCAGAAAUGUAGCUCUGGAUGUUUACAACACUCGUAUGCGGGAGGUUUUGUCCAGUAAGCUCCCGUGCGACAAUGAUGAAAUUCGCAAGGUACAUAGCGAUUCGCUAGAAGAGUGUCAACAACAUUUUAUGGCCGAAACCACUGGUAUAUCCACUAUAACAACUGAAAAGUAUUUACGGUUGCUAAAGGUAAGGUUUAAAUGAACCUUUUGAUAUCUUUAAGGAAUGCGAUUGGGGGGAUGAAAUAAACGAAAAAAUAAUGAUAAUUGUAAUGAUAUUGACAAUAAUAACGAUGAUGAUAAAAAUGUUGGUAAUGACAAUAAUGUUGAUGAUUACGAAGACGACGAUGAUGGUGAUGAUGAUGAUGAUGAUGAUGAUACGUAAAUAAAGGUGAUUCAUAGUAACUAUGCCAAGAUGCUUUUUCCAGUUACUAGGUAAGAGCAAUAACAUCUACAUUAUAAAUUACAGUGUAUGUACAUAUCAUGGUUGAAUUUCAUCUAACAUGUUGCGAUUUUCCCUCACAAUUUCUUGCCUCUCAGGAAGUAGUUUUUUGUUAACGCUCCACGUAGAAUUUCGUCUGAUUUCUUCUUCGCUUUUCAUGCCUUCUUUUAUUCAGCACUCGUUAAUCCAGAAGUUGACUGAAUGGCAGACUGAGAAUACCCGGUUGACCAAAGAACUCUGUUAUGAUUUGUUGUCUAAAUUGAAACAACAACACCUGGAUCCAAUCCUUCGUCAACUACAACGGCAUGGUGGAUCGAAUUUGUCUUUCGAUGACAUAAUUGGAGUAUACCAUCGCAUCAAAGACGACUAUGAAGGACAAGCGGUUGGAGCAAAAGAUGUGAUCGCAGCAACUUUUUUUGAUUUCCAACCCGUAAGUAUUUCCUCACGGUUAAACGUACUUCAUGCCGCAUUUGACUUUGUUAUGGCUUGUUCUCGGGUAAGGUUAGCUUUAUAGCUUUUCCUCGAGUGUCCUUUAUUUUUUUUGUCUAAUAAUGUUUUUGUUAUUGUUGAGUUAACUUUUGUUUGUUCUAUUUUUCCAGUUCGUUAUGUACUCGCUCAUGUGCGUUGGUCAGUUCUUUGGCGUGAUUUCCAUAGAAUUCAGACCCGAAAAACCUCUCGUUUCUGGCCAAAUGACAUUAAUUUUCAGUAGGCAGCAGUGUUCUAAACGUCGGACUCAUUGUUAACUGUAUUUUUUGUUUCUCCAUUGCGGCCGCGAGAGUGGGUAGAAAAGUUGCGUCCUUAAAGGGUUUGAGUCAUUUUCAUGGAAACCUAAUGACGGAUUUUUCUGUCAAAAGAAUUCUUUUGAAUUCGACUGUCAUUCUUGCUGACUCACGAUUAUACGACAUGAUAUAUAGAACAGACUAGCUUAGAAGCAAGGCUCCCAAACAAGUCCGCAUUGAAAUCAAUAAAACAAUUGAGAAAAAAAAAAAUGAUGAUGAUGAUGAUUAUGAUUGUCACAACUAUUGUAGGAACUUGCAAGGGAAACAAAGCAGUACCUUGAAAUAUUACGACAGAUGAAACACUUUGAUGAAAAAGCAGCACGAGAAAUGAGAGUAAAAGCUUAUCAAGAGCGAGAGAGAAAGAGACUUGAGGUACGUCUACGGACUAGAGGUUUAUUCUGUGAUGAAGCUUGUACGAAGAGCACAAAAAAAAAAAAAGUGCGAAUCAACCAAACGACAAGGAUUACCUGCUGAUUUUCACACUUGCCGUUUAAGUUCUUAAUUGUGAAUGGCCCACAAAGUCGAAUUGGACAUUUUGGAUGAAAAAUUACUACACUAAGGACACGUUACAGCAGAUUAUAUUAAAAAAGACGGAUGGACGGCUCUCGGUAUUAGAGACCUUUAGCAUCAGGUUUUUCAUGGAAAACCGCAAACCGCAAAAUGUCAAAUGACCACGGCCUUGCGGUCACGUUUGCAGUUUGCAGUUCACGUUUGAACGGCAGCAAAGGCUUCUAGCGGUAAGUGAUUUACGGCAAGGGUUUUUGCCCCUGAAAAUUGUACAGCCUCGCGUUUGAAGCCACGAACUAGCUUUUUGUAUCCGUUUGCGAUAUGUUUGUUGGAUUUUUGAUCUCGAAUUGGUGACUUAUUCCUGUUUUUUUUGGGCGAUAAAAGUGAUGCACUUCGUCUUGAUGAAAAAUAACAAGGCGGCACUAAGCAAUGAACGCGUAGUUCAAAUCGAUUUUAUAUUCCAAGAAAGUUUCUAUUACAAGAACGUUUUCUCUUCCAAUCCAGAGUUAACUUUUUUUUCAAUCUUGUUACUGAAUUGAUUACUUAAAAAGUCGGCAACGUGAAAUUGCAAACGCGUAACUGCAAACUGCGGUUUGCGGUUUGCCGCUUCCAAUGAAAAACCUGAUGCUAAGGACUCUAUUGUCGAUGCAGGUUCGUUAUAGGUUAAAGGAAUACAAGGACUUUUAUCUUGUUAUAUCCUUUACGUGAGGAGCAAGGCGAGGUUAUUCUGUGAGAGAGGGCGGUGGGGAGGGUGUGGGAUUGUAACUUAGUUGGUAAAUGGAGGUCAUAAAUUCGACCAUAUGUUUUCCCCCAGAUAAUCAUCCAAAAUUUACUACAAGUUCAGAAUAAACUGUUUAUAGCAAGAAGUACAUGCUACACAAUCGCCCUGGUAUUGUUAGCAUCCUACAAUGACUACAAAGUGACAGUUUUCAUAUUCGAAUUACGUUUAUUUUUCCUCUUAAUCUAGCAUUAUAACAUUGCCUAGAAAUAUGAUGAGUAAAAAUAAUCGAGAAUUGCUGACACAUAAUCAAACGCAUUACUUAACCUCGAUUUAUCACCGUGAUUACUUUAGGAGCAACAGCUGCGACUUCAGCAAGAGAAUCAAGAACACAAAAACGAGGUACCAUAUACGCUAUCUAUUUCUUUCUUUUUUUUUUUUUUUAAUUGUUAUCCAAUAAACGAUUUGUAACUUGCACCAUUUGCUGUUUUUGAACAGUCAGGCUACAGACAAGAAUGGACCUUGAUGAUUUCUUGCUGGGGUAUAGAUAUAAAGAUAUACCAAUAAUACCUUGCGCAAGCUUGGCAAGCUUGACACCUACUCUGAAACGACGUGUUUGUAACAUUUUGAUUUUUCCAUUGGGCACUGAUUCUUGGGUGGAAAAAGGCUUUCCCGUCUUGCACCUUCAGCUGUGCACCUGGGACGGCUUUGAUGCAUAUGGUCGCAUGUUUCACAUCCCCUGAUACUCAGGCAAAAAAUUUAAACACAGGCAAAAAAUUUAAGAUGGAAUCCUUGAAAAACAAAUUGUUAAGUAUAAUAACACCAAAGACUAUUUCUCAUGGGAGACUAAGAAAAUAAAUGUCAAAUCUCACAAGAAUUGUGAAAACCGCGGGUAAAGUUCUAAAACAAAAUUCAUGUGUAAGAUGUCAUUUUGUGAAAUUUGACAUUUAUUUUCUCGGGCUCUUAUGAGGAAUUUUCUUUGGUGCUCAAUUUCCUGAUGGAUUCCGUCUUAAAAAACGUUCAAAAAACACAAGACGGGGCAUGAAAUUUCUUCCAAGAAAGAUGUUUAAUUUAGUUAGCAUUUGAAAAGAUAUUGGUUAGAGCAUAAAUGACGAAAGCCUUUAGCCUGGUUAUUGUUGGCUGUCUUCACAUCUAAUGACCUUCAAUAGUUUUAUUUUUUCUUUCCUUUUAUUUUUCUUGAAGAUGGAAAUGUUGAUCGCCAGGCUAGAGACAGAGAGAGCACAAUAUCGGCAGCAGAUGUACAGUGAGCUGGAAGCACAGCGAGUUCAAAUGCAGAACAUGAUGGCAGCAAAUAUGAAGCAAGCCGAGCAAGAAAGAGAGGCCUUCAUCAAGGAUAACCAAGCCUUAGAGGAGCGCUUUCUGGAAGUGCAAAGAUCGAACGAAGAAAACAUGAAACUCAUAAGAAAUAUGACCGCUUUGAUUGCAAGGCAACAUAAAGAGAAGGAGGUUCUUAGAGAAAAUGCCAAGGAACUGCCCAAGGAUAAAAUGGAAGGCUUGUUAAACGAAAUGAGUGAAAGGCACGCAGAUGAGGUCGGGGCCUUGCUUAAAGAGACAGAGGGUCAGUUUGAGGAAAUCAACAAGUUAAAGCAAGAAACCAGUAAUGAAGAGGAUGAAAAUGUAUGCCACAAAAAAAUGGAUGAAAUACCAGAGAUGAUUAAAUUGAGAUCAGAGGCUGUGGGCAAUGUACGGAAAAAAAUAGCCGAGACAAGUCAGGAACAAGAACAGGGUUGGAUAUCAAGUUGCAUAAAGAAAGGGUUAAAAGUUAUUGCGCGAACAGCAAAACCAAUUGGUUCAAUUAUUUCUAUUGUUCAACCAGAAACAGCGGCAUUCGUUGGGCCAGCAAGUGAUGCUAUUGGUAGCGUCGCUGACGAAUUGUCAGAUGUUUGCAGUGUCAUGUGAAAUUGAGAAAGCCAAGGAACGUGUUACCUAUUUCAUCGCUAGGAAAAACAACAACAAAAAAAUCAGUGAAGCCAACUGAGCAAGUGACCCCUCUACCAUAACAGCUUUAAGACAGUGCAAAAAUUUGAUGACUGAAAUUUUUACGCGACCUUAAUGCAUAGUGAUUGUAAAUGUUUACUUUCAUUGAUGUUCGAUGUUAGCCUUAAGAUUUAACACUUUAAGAUUUUUCGUAUAAUAUUCUCAUAAUUAGGGGCAAACUUCUAGGAGAGCUUUUUUAUCCUUAUUUGCACAAUGAAUUAAAAAAUAAAUCAAAGCUAUAGCGCUACCAUAUUUGAACUAUUAUGUUGAAUAUUAAAGCUAUAUUUUAAUUUUUUUCUAAGUUGAGGACAUUGGAUAUGAUAUAUUAUACGGUAGUUCUACUAGGUAGCUCGUAUGCUGAACAACUUACAGCGCUUAACAAUGCGAUUUGAUUUCAAUAAAGAGAUUUCAAUUAAUGCAGUUGGAAAGUGAUUACACUUCUGAAAGUACCGUAAAAUUCCGAAAAUAAGCCCCUCCAAAUAUACUCGCUUUUAAUAAGUCUGGCCACCAUCUUGAGUUUUCAAUGAAUGACGUCAAUCGCGGAAAGAUCAUAGACGCGGCCAAAAUGGCUACUAAAGAUGAAAGUUCUGUUGACGUCGAAUUUGUAGUACUUUGUAGUGUGUUCAAAUAAAAAGGAAUGUUUUUACUUUAUAUCAAGAGGGAUAUUUUCUUUAUACGAUGUCUUUUGGGGUAUGUUAUCGUAACUUUAAAGCUUUCGUACAAAGAUAUUCCUGGAUCGAUGAUAUGAGAGCAAGGAUUGAAAUGCAAAAAAAAUGCGAAUUAAAGGUUUGGCUUAAUCGUCAUGGCUUACGUCAACAGACACGAGCUAAACUUCUUCCCAGGUAAUCUUUUUUAGCAAUUGUUUUGAUACUUUUUCAUUUUUUAUUUAAAAAGCUAAAAACGAUUCAUUAUUACCGCUCGUAGGAGAAGACUUGUCAAUGAAUUAUUCCCGACCUAUCCAAUCGAACAAAACCGAACAAAAAACCAAUCGAACCCAAUCGAACUCCAAUCGUUCGAUUGGGUUGGGCAAUCGAACAAAAUCGAACACCUAUUUUGCUGUGAGUUCGAUUUUCGAACCAAUCGAACCAAUAUAAUCGAACAACAUCGAACAAGAUCGAACUAAUCCGACACAUAAACAAGACUAUGUACUUAAAAUGCAGGCUUUAUUUACACGACUGGAUUUUGGUUUUGUACACCCGGAGUUAAAGAAGAGUACAAUUACAUAAUCACCGGGAUAAUCAGCAUGUCUGUUUGUCCAGUAUUACGAAACCCUGGAGUUUACACGUGCACGUCGACACAAUCAAUAUCCGAUCUUGAGAAAAUGCCUCUCAGCUUGUUAACAUAUUGUUGCCCUGAUGCCUUGUUUUAAGAGCUCGUUUUUCAACUGAGUGAUCUUCCUUCGAGCUGCUUCCAUUUCAAUUUUGAUUGGAACGUUAAUCCCACCGCCAACUCGCCAUCUUCCUUUUGGAUCGUCGAAAGGCCUUCCAAUAACUUUGCUGAAAAAAAAAAAAGGAAAACAAUUCUCCUGUUAUUCCCGGGGGAAGUUUCCGUUAUCCCUCGUGGCAUUUCCGCUUGACACGAACACCACUGUUCGCCCUGGACGAGGCGCAAAAAUAGAACGCGUGUUCUUUUUCCGAUUUGACAACAUUGGUCAAAUGUUUGACCACAAGCGCAUCCUAAUUGGCCGAAGUUAAUUGCCAACUGUUUGGUGGCUUAAAUUUAAUGAGAAUUCCUAAGCGAGUCGGAAAAGUAACUGUUUUCACGAGAUUUCCGGUUGAAAGUCGCUAAGCGACUUGAAAAUCGCUCGUGAAAACACGGCCAUUUUCUCCUUAAAACCCGGUGAAAACAAAAUCCGUUUAGCAUAAGUGCCCGUAAGUGGGAUCAUAACUCACCAUUUCAUCCCGUCCUUAAAGGGCCAAAGUGGUGAGACCAACGUCCGCUCAAGAUGUCCUAACUGCCCUUUAGUGUUGGUAACCUUGAAUACUCUUCUCUUAGAGCCAAUCUUCUUAAAGAUAAAGAAUUCUUCUCCCACAUCAACAGUAAAAUUAAAUUCUUGGUAACCUUUUACACUGCAUGUAAUUUCAAUACAUGCAGUGUCCUCCCUCUCCUCCGUGUUUGACAUUUCAGACAUUUCAGUCCUGGGUUUCAGUGCUCAGCAAAAGCCGCGUAAAAAGGGAAGGGAGUUAGCGGUGAUUUCACUUUCACCUUCGGAAUUUUCCAAUACCACUUGCCUAUCAUGCGAUGCGGCGUCCGUUAAUCGAACGUUCGAUUAUACCAAUCGUUCGGUAAUCGAACGUUCGAUUGUGUUCGAUUGGCAAAAUUUUAUUGUGGAUUCGAUUAUGUUCGAUUGAGUUCAGCAAUCGAACGAUUGGUGUUCGUUUGGGUUCGAUUGCCGAACUGUUCGAUUGGAUAGGUCGGGAUUAUUCAUAAGAGCUAAUUGAAAGGACUUUUCAUGCUGCUAUUCUGAUCCUUUCAAAAUGUACGAUAAUCGAUGUCUAUCUCGGUAGACAGCUUAUGCUUUUCAUCAUCAGUUUUUUUAUGUUAUUAUGUAUAGGUUUUAGGGUAAGAAAGAAGUUGGAUUAAAACUUUUACACUACAGUCGACCCUUUGCACAGAAUAAUUUUUCACCGUGGUAAGGCGUAGCUCAGUAAUCCAGAAAGCUAUCAGCUCAACUCCUGGUUAGAGAUGUAGCCACUUGAGAGAGCUGGAGCACGGAUGCAUCAAUUCUUCCAAAGCACUUUGCUUACAUUUACAUUGUCGCACAAGUAGCGAAAAAAUCAAAAAACACCCUCGAAAAGGGAUACAAAUUUUUAUUUGAAAAUGACUGUCACGACGAUUAUUGUAGGCUUAUAUGGACAAUAAACUCAUGUGGAGGGGAGUGCUUUAAAUCAUGAUCAAAUGAGGAAGAAUGAUAGGCCUCACAAUGUUAACAGUUGUGAUAAAUGCUCUUGUACAGCAGGAGAAAAUGGUUACUGUAAUCACAUGUUUUUAUUAUAUAAGUGUUUGAAUUCACUGAAUUCCCAAGAACUGGAAUGUGCACAACUCAAAACAAUAGCACAAACCAAGGACCUAGGGUACGAACCCUAAUUCAUAUAAUGCAUACAAGGCAUAUAAUGUCAAUCCUUAUUACAGGGAGAAAUGCUCAGGGAGAAAUGAGGGCUUUAAGGUGUCCCUUGUAUGCAGCCAGGCAACUUACGGUCCAAAAUAAAGAGAGCGCAAAUUAGUUCUUUCAUUCACUUAAGACAAUUAACUGUCCUGCAAUAGUUUCAACUAAAUUAACUGGACACAAGGUUCCACGGGUAGUUAGUUAAACAUCUCUCUCUAAUGGAGGCAAACUUCAGUGUUAUGACCACUAUUCGAUCCAAUUUGCCAAGACCAGAGCUGCUGAUGGCUCCUUUCCUGAAUUCCCAAUUGACGCUGACACACCAGCUUGAGUGGGAUUUUCAUUUGCAAAUGCCCCCUUUUUCAGGAGGACUAAUUCAUCAGUUGUUUAAAAAUUCCUAAUCCAUCCUUAAUUGAGAAUCAAAAGGUCAAAGCAAAAAUACGCUGUGGUUUCGAAGUAAAACGUUCCAGUCAACUAGCUGUAAUUUGCACUUAUUUGCGAAUGGAAACUCAACAUCUCUCACUGCAAACAAGGUUUGUUAAAAAUACUCUCGUGUCUCAGAAUGAUGUUUCUAAUAAUAUUGAAUGGCAAAUUGGUCUUAAGCAGCAACUAAAUAUGCUGAGUACGUGAAAAAUAUUGGUUUAGCAUGUAUAUUUAUAUGUAAAGAUACAUUCAUAUUCAGGGCUUAGAGUGUGGUGUAGUCAUAUCAAGCACAAUGUCAUGGUUGGCUGCUUUACCAAACCGACGAGUAAUAGAUAACAAAUAUCAAGUUAAGGUUUAUUAGAAAUCAAAUGCCCUUUUACAUUAUGAAACUUGACACCUGAGAAGGCAUUUUCUGAUCCAAGGUGUUGUUGUCACUUCACAGCGGUCAAACGAGUGAAAUUUGCAAAAGUUAAGCGAAAUACUUCAAAGUUAAGGUUGCUACUUUCACUAUCGAAAGUUUAAGGUAUUACCAACAUCCUGUUAGUUUACUAAACUUUUUAAAAGUCUAUUAAAAAAGUUCUAAGUGAUUAAAAACCGAUGCUGACGUUAUUCUCGGCGCCAUUUUCAAACAUGAUUCUCUUUUAGCGUGAAGCGUUUUCAGCGAAAGAAGCUCAAAAUUUUGAGAAAAAUGGAAAGAUAGUUAUGUUGACAAACUGAUUUAUACAUCUUUGCCCAUUUUUCUCUAACUGGUAAAUGAAAUCCCAGCAAUAAAAAACAAAAAUAGCGAUUUAGACGUUUGACCGCGGUGGUUAUUGUCACAUUGUUAAUGUUAAGCCUGAGCUCAAAAGGGUCCACCUUCUUAAGGGUGAUUUGUGUCGGGCAGGAUUAAAGUGGUGCUGUCUUCAAUAUUCUUAAGAAAAAAGACUGGUUACAUUUCACGUAAUAUUUAGCAGUUUUUUACCUUCUACCUUUAGUGCUAAAAUUUCGGAUUCUAGUUCAAAAAUUUCAGCGUCGGAUUCGUGUAAGCUGUGUCGCUCAGCAUCAUUUGGCUCAACACACACCUCACUCCUGUGGUGUUUACCAUAUUUGGUUUCCCUACAAUCAGAUUCCUGUUCAACUUUAUCUUAUUUUGGAUCUUAGGGAUAAGGUAUGGCUUCUGUACAGGGCAUUUAAACACCGACCGAGGGGAAGCUGCACGUUUUCAAAAGCUGCCGACCACUAUUAAAAGACAAUACUUCCGAGGUCAUUAUCCCUAAAAUGAAAAGAACAGACGAUUGUAUGUUUCUGCCUCUAGCAAAAGAGCAAUAUUUGAGAGAUGAAUAUCGCGGUACGAAUCAGAAGCCACACAUGAAAAGACUAAGUUACACACCUUUACGGUCGAUUACUCCUCCCUUUUAAUUCGCUGCAGCCGUGCCAGCUUUUAAUACACCUGCAUUCUGAUCACUUGGAAUUUUAAGUCACAUUUCUUAGUGUUGCGUUUGUUAUCGAACAUGAUGUCCCCGUAUGACUUGCAAAGACGAACCGCACAAUUGCUAUUACUUUAGCCUGAGAAAAGGAUUCGCUGGUAUUUGUUAAUAAUUUAUAUAAAUCUCAUUGUCUUCAGCCCCGGAGCAAAUAGACCUGAUCUGGUCUAUUUCGUAAGAAAAUUCGCAAAAAAUUGCGUUACUUCCGAUUGCUCCCAAAUUUGGCACAAAGGAAGUUAAUAGAUUUAGCCAAUCACCUGCCUAGUUUAUACAAGAAAAGAAUGGAAUAAAACGAUUCAUAAUGGCUUGACUUUGCCUCUCGUCCUGACAUGGUACUGUCACGCGAGUCAAAACUCAAAGAUGGCGGCUGAGGUCUUUCCGCGAAUAACGUCAUAAAUUAAAAUUCAAGAUGGCGCCCAGACUUAUUAAAAGCGUGUAUAAGUCCCCCAAACUCGUAACGCAAAAAGCCCUCCGUUACAUCGCCCCUCCGAAUAUAAGCCCCCCGGGGAUCUUGCACUUGGAAAUUGCCCUCAAAUACAAAGCAAAACAAAGCAAAAACGGUAAAUUUCCUUCCAACUAUAAGGCUAGCCCAAUCGAUUUUGAAACGCAAAUUUCCCUCCGUAGAUAAGCUCCUCCGAAUAUAACCCCCUCCAAAAAUAAGCCCCUCAAAAAGGGUCUUUGAAAAAUAUUAGCCCCGGGGCUUAUUUUCGGAAUUUUACGGUAGCGGAAGAUUUGCGAAAGUUACGAUAGCAACAAAAAAAGGGUGAAUAAAUUAGAAAAGUUCAGCGUGUUGACUGCGUGACAAUCAGCUAAAACGUAACAUUUUUUGAAAAUCCCGGAUGUUACAAUCUGAAAUAUAACGCGCACCUUUAAACCGUUCCCUUGGUGUCGUGUCACUAUUUUUAGCCUUUGCUCUCAAAGACAUAAUUGAAACUUGCGCUUAAUUUUAACCUCAUGCAUAUGAGUAGCUAUAUUCGCUAUUCAGCCAUCUUUUACAACGAUCGAGGUUGCUAACCUACCAUACAUCGGAAACAGAAGUAAGUGCCAUCUAUUACUGUCGACAUACUUCGGAAAUUACAUUUUCGUUACCCUAAUAUUAAUGUCUACCUUCUGCCAAUAUCUUUGGCUUCAAGGAGUCUACAAAAUCGGUGUUAGCUUAAGCUGAGCACCAAAACAAAUUAUUUAAAUAAAAGAGUAGAGCUAGUCAUUUAGAUGGCAUUUCUUUAUUAAGCCAGAAUUUCCAAUAGCCUAGCGAACUACGAAUGGUUUUAGGAAUGUAAACAUGGAUGAAAUGUGAUGAAUUGUUGCAAAGCUAAUGCCAUUUUGACAAUAUCGUUCCGCAUGUUUCUUUUGCUUUAAAAGAAUCUGAUUACAGUGACAAUAUUCUUACUUUCUUAAGUAGUAGGCAGAUCUCCGCAGUUCGACACUAUUCAC